UCUUCUCUUCUUCUGCUGCGUUCGGCAGGUUGCCAUGGAACUGCUUACGCCACUUCACUCUCCUCUGCUCCGCCAUCGCCACAGCCCUAAACGGACCACCGGAUAAGUCCCUCCGUCUUUUCUUCCCGGCCGUAAAUGUCCUUCCUUUCUUCAUCCCCUUCUGCUGCUUCUCUCUCAUGCCUCCGGUCGGAGCUCCAUUUCUGGGAAAUUGCGUCCCUGGAGUGUGAUUGUGAAGCUAGUUUUGUCGGGUGCUCUGCUCUUGUGUGUACGCCUCGUUCCACGAGGCCGUAACGUUUAAGUUAGCUUUCGGUGACAGCGCCGGCCCUAUCUGUCUUUCCAUGCUGUGCUGCGCGUGCUUUGUGCUUUCCUCGGUACUUCUGAGGCUGUUGUGUUCUUCAGUCCUUGUUUCGGCGGUUGUUAAUCCGCUCAUGUAACUGGGGAAGAUUUUCUGCUUUGCAGUGAUUUCUUAGGAAAUUUCUCGUGAUCGAAUUGGAGUUGUAUUGCCCAACAUGCCUGCCACAAAGCUUACUAGUCCUGCGAUUUCGAAUAGGCCUACUGAAUGGAACACACCCAUUAGAAGGAAGAGAUGGCCUUUUCGUGUUCAAUCUAGUAGUGGGGCUGGUAACUCUUCGGCCAUAGCUGAGCAGAAGAGAUUAUGCUUCUCGGAUAAUGGAAGAUUUUCACCCUUAGUGGUGCGUCACAGGAGGAGAGCUAACCUUCCAGUGGUCUGGAAUCAGAUGAGUUCAGAUUAUGGUGUCGGUUCGCCUGAUGUGAACGAAUAUCUGGGUUCCUACACCGAACACAGUGAUCUCAUCCCAAAAGAGGAUCCUUCUCGCUUUGGUUAUCAGGAGGAAACUCCUGAGUUGAGCGCUGACCCUGCUGAUCAAACACGCACUCCUGAUGUGAAAAAGGAGCUUAUUAUGCUCUCAUUGCCAGCACUUGCUGGACAAGCCAUUGACCCUCUGGCUCAAUUAAUGGAGACAGCUUAUAUUGGUAGAUUGGGUGCUGUGGAGUUGGGUUCAGCGGGUGUUUCCAUUUCAAUUUUUAAUAUCAUCUCAAAGCUUUUCAAUAUUCCACUUCUCAGUGUUGCUACCUCCUUUGUUGCUGAGGACUUCUCAAAGCACACGAGCAAAGAUUCUGAGCUAGGUAAUAAUGGUAAACCUGUAGUUGAGAGAAAACAACUAUCCUCGGUCUCUACUGCUCUGCUAUUAGCAGUUGGGAUUGGCAUUAUUGAGUCUGUAGCCCUAUAUUUUGGUUCUGGCCAGUUUCUAAACUUGAUGGGAUUGUCAUCGGCAUCACCCAUGCGAACUCCAGCUCAGCGCUUUCUUUCACUAAGAGCACUUGGUGCUCCUGCAGUUGUAGCAUCUUUGACUCUUCAAGGAAUUUUUCGUGGGUUUAAGGAUACAAAAACCCCUGUUUUUUGUCUAGGUGUUGGUAAUGCGAUAGCUGUGUUCUUGUUUCCAACUCUAAUGUAUAUUCUUCGACUGGGUGUAACAGGAGCAGCCCUUUCUACUGUUAUUUCACAGUAUAUAGUUGCAUUUUUAAUGAUUUGGUACCUUAAUAAGAGAGUGAUAUUAUUGCCUCCGAAGAUGGGAGCUUUGCAGUUUGGCGGCUAUUUAAAAUCUGGUGGUUUUCUUCUCGGAAGAACUCUUGCUGUUCUUGCAACCAUGACAGUGGGAACAUCUAUGGCUGCUCGUCAAGGUCCUUUGGCUAUGGCUGCCCAUCAGAUAUGCAUGCAAGUGUGGCUUGCUGUCUCUCUUCUUACAGAUGCAUUGGCAGCAUCUGCUCAGGCUUUGAUUGCCACUUCAUUAUCUAAAGGUGACUACAACACCGCGAAAGUAGUAACAAGCUUUGUGUUGAAGAUUGGAUUGUUCUCAGGGAUAUCUUUAGCUGCAAUUCUUGGUUUCUCUUUCGAUUCCUUGGCCACUUUGUUCACCACAGAUGCUGACGUAUUAGAAAUUGUGAGAACUGGGGUACUGUUUGUUAGCGCAAGUCAACCUUUGAAUGCUUUAGCAUAUAUUUUUGAUGGGCUCCACUAUGGCGUUUCGGACUUCCCUUAUGCAGCUUGUUCCAUGAUGGUGGCGGGGGCGAUAUCGUCCACUUUUCUGCUGUACGUCCCUUCUAUGAUUGGCCUUCCUGGGGUAUGGUUGGGCUUGGCUCUUUUGAUGGGCCUGCGUACAGCAGCAGGAUAUUUUAGAUUGCUUUCGAAGACGGGUCCAUGGUGGUUCAUGCACCAAGAUCUACAGCAAGUCAAGAUGGCUGGUUAAAAUGGGAGCUUAAAUUUUCUGUACUCCAAAUUUAGGAAAAAUGCACGUUGAAAGCACUGAUUGGCAAUCUUUCCACCUAGUCAUGUAUUCAUAUUUUCAACUUUUGCACGGUUGUUUAAAGUAGAAAUUUUGCCCAAUGGAUACAAUCCGCUGAUGGCAAAACCUCGUAUGGGUUUUAUGUGCUUUUAUCUUCAACGAAUAGCUCAGCAUUUAUCGCUGGUCGGAGCA